AUGCAGACCCGCCGCUGUCCCCCCUCGGUCGAGAGCCGCUUCUGCCACAGACUUAAAUUCAGGCCCUCUCUUCGAGUGAGCAUAUCCACCUCCCAGACCCCUGUCUGUCUGCCCUCCCCUUCUCGCACUACUGUGGCCCUCGACACUGCUAUUUCAGACACAGUCUCAUUGAUUGACGAGGACUUCAAAGCCACUCUAUACAUCUACCAGAAGAUGCUGCACCUUAAUCUAGCACGCACGACCAGACCGGUAUUCGAUACGAGCUAUUCCCCGACGAAUCAUCCGAGUGCUCGUCGUCGAACCAUCGCUCGCGCUCUCCCUCUCCCCACCGCCGCAGCCCCAGUCCCCGGCACCCAUCCCACCGACUUGGCGGCCAGCGCUGCUAUUUUCCGCCGACCUUCCCGAAAUGGCAAUGAGGAAGUGCUCCGCUCCAGACUCGAGGGUGUGCUCUCCAGCGCGAGCACAUCCCGUGAUGCCUCUUGCCCACCUUCGCCACACCGCAGACGGGCCACCACCAGCGGCGAUAUAUCUACCACAUUCGGCCUCAUGACUCCGCCCCACGGCCCGCUCCCCCCGGUCCCAUCCAUGACCCGGUCUCGCACUUCUCCCGCCAUCUCCCGCUCGUCCCCCAUCACUCCCCCACCAUCUCCCCCCUUUGACGCCAAGCGCAUUGCUCUCCAGCUCAGAGACCGUGAAGGAUAUGUUUCAUUUGCCGACGUUCAGGGCCUUGGCAUUCCCAGCGAAGAGCUCGACACGCCAGACACUGAUCGCAGCCGUGCCAAAUGGUGGUCAUUAUGGAAAGGCUAA